GUUUGGAGACUGCAGAUCUGCUGUUCAGUCAGCAGCAGGCCACAAGCUGCACAGAGAGUCUUUAUUACGCACGAUGCCUUCUCCGAUCCCCGUGACCCGCCUGCUGCCCCAAAAUAUCUAUCCCUCUCUGGACUUCGGGACCUGCAGCAGUCCGCUAACCAAACCCUCCCACGGCUCCAGCUUACAAGUCCCCGUCCAGCGGCUCCACGGCAGAGUCGCUAGCCGGCUCUGGUCCUCUGUGAUCCACUUUAAGGAGCUGCGCUCCGUCCAGCCCGUGGGCUCCGGAGGAUUCGGCUCAGUCUACAAGGCGGACUACCUCGGGGAGACCGUCGCGCUGAAGAAAGUCAAGAAGUGCACCAAGAACAAGCUGGCAUCCCGGCAGAGCUUCUGGGCCGAGCUGAACGCGGCACACCUGCGCCACAGAAACAUCGUGCGCGUCAUCGCGGCGACCACCUGCGUGCCAGCGGACUUCGGAGAUGAAGGCAGCAUCGGAAUUAUACUGAUGGAGUUUGUGGGGAGCAGGAAUCUGCAGCAGCUCAUUUACGGAUGUCCUGAGACGCUGGAGAACAGGUGGCUCAGGUACUCAACAGACAUUGCACAUGGCUUACAGUUCCUUCACUCCCACACCGUUGUGCAUCUAGACAUAAAACCAGCCAACGUGUUGGUGUCGAGUGAAGAUGUCUGCAAAAUUGCCGAUUUUGGCUGUUCUUUGAAACUGGACCGUGGUUGUGAAGUGAGCGCCAUCGGCCCCCAUCUGAGCCACGUAGGCGGUACUUACACGCACAGAGCCCCGGAGCUGCUGAAAGGCGAGGGGGUGUCUCCUAAAGCAGACAUCUUCUCUUUCGGGAUCACCUUGUGGCAGCUGAUCACCAGAGAGCAGCCCUACACCGGCGACAGGCAGCACGUGCUUUACGCGGUUGUGGCGCACAACCUGCGGCCGUCUGUUCAGAACCACGCUGUGUUUCAGUCAGAGCAGGGGCGGCUGUGUAGGACUCUGUUGAGCCGGUGCUGGAGCGGUGAGAGCAGCUGCAGACCGAGUGCUCAGGAGCUGCUGCCUCAGCUGGAGCAGCUGCGCUCCCAGAUAUGAGUUUAUUUUAGAGCUGGUGCACAGAGAGGCCCACUGACGACUGUGGGUUUCAGAAAAUGGACAAUAUAGGAGCAUUGUAGCAGGUCCUCUCCUGCAGUGUCAGCUUUGAAGCAAUGGGCUACUCACUUACUCAAAUCAAAGUUGGCGAAAAUAAUGUGCUCACAAAUUUAAAUAGCUAGACUACCAUAUAAUGAUGUUGAAAUUUGACAAAUGUAAAACCCAAGACAGAGCACUUAUAGGAAUAAAAAAAAAAACCCUGCUUUGAUUGCCGUUGCUCACUCCACCUGGUUUAUUUAUUUUUAGUUGCAAAAUAGUACUGAUUUGAAGUGGCUCCUACUGAUCAAGCAGUAACACUGUACAGUUGUUUUCUGGGCAGUGUGGGGAAAGCCUCUUCAAAAUACCCUGGAACUGAUUUAGCACAAUGUCACUACUCUUCUACAAGUAACAUUUCAAAUUUAUUAAAAUUUUAUUCCAAUUUGUAGUUGUUUUUGUUUUUUUUAAGUAUUACUUGCAUGAAACCAAGUGAGACUCAUCAGUCUACCAACAUGCUGGUGUAUUUGCACUUUUUUGCAAUGCUAAUUUGUUAUUAUUGACUUGAAAUAAGGCUCAUUAUUCCUGUAGAAAUCAAACUUUGGCUUGAAGAAUUUUAAACCAAGUUGGUUUUGUGUUAUUUCAGCCUAUUGGCAGAAGUCCUCUAUUUGUUGAGAGAAAAUUUUUAAAAUCUGUUUGUGUAGUCCUGUACUGUUAAGAUGUCAUUCAUGUUUCAUUUGCCAACACAAAACACACUUUAAGUUACUGUUCUAUCUUGUUAUAUAUAUUUUCUUAAACUAAGAAAUGUGUGUUGUGAAUUGAGUGUUAUAUGCCAUGAUGAGAUUGUGAUAGGAGAUUUAAGUGUGAUGGGUUUUCAUUAAAAUUAUUUUUAUACUGUA